AUGGCUGAAAAAUUAUCUGAGCAACAAAUCGCUGAAUUUAAGGAAGCAUUUUCCUUGUUCGAUAAGGAUGGAGAUGGAAAAAUCACGACUAAGGAAUUAGGUACUGUAAUGAGAUCGUUAGGGCAAAACCCAUCAGAAAGUGAAUUGACUGACAUGAUUAAUGAAGUUGACGUCGACAGUGAUGGAUCUAUUGAUUUCCCAGAAUUUUUGACCAUGAUGGCUAGAAAGAUGAAAGAUACCGAUUCAGAGGCUGAAAUUGCAGAAGCUUUUAAAGUUUUCGACAGAAACGGAGAUGGUAAGAUCAGUGCUGCUGAAUUAAGACAUGUUUUGACCUCCAUUGGUGAAAAAUUAUCCGAUGCUGAUGUCGAUCAAAUGAUUAGAGAAGCAGAUGUUAACAACGACGGUGAAAUCGAUAUUCAAGAAUUUACUCAAUUAUUAUCUACUAAAUAG